AUGUGGAGUGAUUCCAGAACGGUACUGGCUUGGCUCCGUUCCGAUCAGCGAAGAUACCGGCAAUUCGUUGCGUUCCGAGUUACGGAGAUACUAGAGCAAACAAAAGUUACGGAUUGGAGAUGGGUACCGACGAAACAGAACGUGGCAGAUGAGGCUACAAAAUGGGGUAAAGGGCCCAACUAUGUCGAGAGCUGUCGGUGGUUCAAGGGUCCUACAUUCCUAUACGAGGAUGAGAGUCGGUGGCCUAAAGAAGAACUUUCGACGACGGAGUACACAACCGAGGAGCUACGUGACGUUCACGUUCAUGCACAGCACUUAGCUGAACCUGCGAUACUCUUUCAACGAUUUUCAAAAUGGGAGAAGCUUAUUAGAACAGCGGCUCAUAUACGUCGUUUCUACAACAACUGUCAGCGUAAAAGAAUUGGUUCCGCAAUUUUUUCGGAAACUCUUCUGUGCGAAGAGAUCAAUUCUGCAGAACAUUUGAUCUGGAGAUUAGUACAAAAGGAAGUGUUUGCAGAGGAAUAUUCAAUAAUUGAAAGGAACCUUGGACUUCCUUUUCAUCAGCAAAAAAGUUUGGAGAAAAGCAGCCGAAUCUACAAAUUGUCUCCGUUUCUUGGUGAAGGAAACAUUUUGAGAAAGAACAGCCGAAUUGUUGCGUCAUCUUAUGUGCCAUACGACACGAAGUAUCCAGUUGUAAUACCCAAAGAUCAUUAUGUAACAUAUCUUCUGAUCGACUGGUACCACCGGAAAUAUGGUCACGCGAAUGGAGAAACCGUGGUCAAUGAAAUCCGACAAAGGUACCACGUACCGGAACUAAGAACUGCUGUACGGAAAAUGACAAAGCGCUGCAUCUGGUGCUCGGUGUACCGAGCAGUACCUCGGGUUCCGAAAAUGGGUCCACUGCCGUUAGCGCGUAUAACACCAUAUGUUAGAGCAUUUACGUUCGUUGGUUUGGAUUACUUCGGACCACUGGUUGUUCGUAUCGGAAGGGCAAACGUGAAGCGAUGGGUAGCUUUGUUUACAUGCUUAACAACUAGGGCAAUACAUCUGGAAGUAGCAGCAACGAUGUCAACUGAUUCCUGCAAACAAGCCAUCCGAAGAUUCAUCGCAAGAAGAGGUGCUCCCCAGGAGGUGUAUUCCGAUCAGGGGACUAAUUUCCAGGGUGUAAACAGCGAAUUGUCCAAGCAAAUACGGGAAAUCAACGGAACACUUGCGCCGCUUAUCACCAACUAUAAAACGCAGUGGAAGUUCAACCCACCGUAUGCUCCCCACAUGGGAGGCGCAUGGGAAAGACUUGUACGGUCCGUAAAAACUGCUCUCAACUGUCUGCUGACAGAAAGACGACCUGACGACGAAGCUCUGGGUACAGUACUUGCUGAAGUAGAAUCGCUGGUGAACUCACGACCGUUAACCUAUUUACCUUUGGACAGCGAGGAGCAUGAAGCAUUAACGCCUAAUCAUUUUUUUGCUUCUUAG